AUGGCUGAAGAUGUUAAUGUUGUGAGAAACCGAAGUAUACCAAAGACCUAUGCACCAUUGCACUUGCCGCACUCAUUGAGUUACAACCUGCAGCUUACGUACCGAGACGGCAAGCUUUCAAAUGUUCCUGUUAGCUUGCUCGUGGAAGGUGAUGUCAUCAAUUUGCGUCCAGGACAGACGGUUGUUUGCGACUGUACCCUAAUGACUGAGGCCAAUGACGAGGAUUUGAUCAAGUAUGGCGUUGACAAGAAGGGUCUCAUAAGUUUCCCCAUUCCUACACCGGAGAAAGUUUUCUUUUUCCGUGACCGUCAAAAUCGCCGUCGUAAGACCCUGUGCAUUCGCUCAUUCGACUCCAAUGUAAAUCCGCAAUUUACCGAUCGCCAACAUCCAUCAUCGUCCAUUAGCACUGUCAGAAGCCAAGAGGAGCCCAGAAACGUGUUCUCUUUGUCGUCUUUCGAAGAUGGCAGUGGAAGACCGCGUGGCCGACGUAGUUUCCUUCAAAACGAAUUUUCUGCCCCGGAAAUCCUAAACGUUACCGCUCCAUCGGACUCCGUCUACAUGCCUCGUUUCGAGUCCCCCAGAUGGUAUCGAUUUAUCGAAUCCCUCAAACCAAUCGGUUUGGGCCUUCUCCUAAACAACUGCCAGCCCAAAACUCGUGAGCACUAUGCAGCUUUUGCAGAUCAUCUCACAUGGUUAACAUCCGCUACUCGACAGCGUUUUGCAAGAGCUGGAUGCCACAUCGGAGGCGAGGCUGUUGCGGUCGUGAAUAACCGGUGCCUUUGUGGCCUCGCCUAUCAGAUGGGCUUCCAGGACUCCGCAUUGAAGCGAUUUUCUUUCAGCGCUAGUUUGGGUAUUUAUAAGGCUAUCGAGAAGAGCGACAGCCGUUUGAUUCGUCCCACUGCAGGUACGUUUAACGGCGAGGAAUGCUUGUCCGACUUUCGACGCAGGGCUCUUCGCAUUCAAGAAGCCUACGCUACUGUGCCCAAGGACACGUCAAAGGAGCCAAUGCCUGUGCCCAACUGUUUCUCCGUCAUCAGUCGAGAAUCCACGGGCAGCGGGUACCAGGUGAUGACCCAGGGCUCAGGCGACCUCGUCACCGCCCUCUGCACGAGUUUGUGGAAUGGCCGUGAGGUCUUGCCGCUUGUCGAUGCGGAGCGCAGUAAAAUGCUCGAUUUCUACAAUCAACACGUCUCUACAAGCUACUGUCUGGCUUUCGCCUACAUGCCACUAGUUCAGUCCAUUCCGCUUGUGCAGGACAGGCGACCAGACGCGAAAUCCGCCAACCUCAAGUUCUUCCCCGUCCUAAAGCUACCGGUGAAUUUCGAGCUUCGAAGCCGGCUGAACACGCGUCCGUCGUCAGCGUCAACCUCACACGUGGAGUCGCAGUUUGAGUCCCUGGAGUCGGUACAGAAGCACCUCAGACGACGCCUGACACGAUUCACCGUCGCGCGACCCUCCUCCUCUUUCCUCUCCGCCACCAGCUCCUCCGGCCUCGGUAUUCGAAAAGGCGCUGGCGGCAAGAAGCGACGAAGGCUUCGCACGUGUCUGCGCCGGCUGGCUUUCAGCUGUGACUCUCUCCCUCAAUUUUCUCGCCAGACAACUAGAGGGGUUGCGUUUGUAUCUCACCAACCUCAUUUGGAGGCAUUUUUAACAAAAAAUUGGCGCUUCGGCGUCAAGAUCCAGACUCGUGAUUGUUUCCUUUUUAUUUGCCUUAGUUCGAACACUUUGGACGCGACUGUCCUGCAGGAUAUUUUCAGCAAGCAGAUAUUCCUCGGGAUGAUCAGCCUUCAGUACCAGGCCAUUCCUGAUAUCGUGGAGACCAUUCGCAAACUCAAUCAGGCUUGCAUCCGAUUCGUCCACUUCUCCCAAGUAGGCUUCUUGCCCUUCUUCGCGAUCUGCCUCACAACGCUUGUUUUGAUCGUUCGUGUUCGUGUCGAGUUCGUAACUUUAGUGAACCUCCUAGCACACGUCUCACGCGCUGAUCGCCAACACUUCCCUGGAACCUUUCUUUUCAACAGGAAGCGUUUUUACGACUCCUGUCUAGGACCUUUGGUCCACGUUGAAUUGCUCGAGAAGGUCCAUUCCAGGUGGACUGAAGCCUCCAACGGCUUGUAUCAUGUUGCGAAGGAAAAUCAACUGCGCAGCAGGGUGUUUGCCGAGCGUCUGGGCCUGGAGGCCGACUGGAACUGUCACAUCUCGCUAGCCAGCUCUCCCUCGUCCGCAACCACACUCCCAUUCGGCGAGAAGCUAUCCGCGCCGCGUGCGAAGUCGAGUCGCGUGAACUCCACCCCAGCGGCCAACCUGAUGCGUCGACUAGACACGAGUCUGGAAGACGAAGAUGGAUUGCCCAAGUCAUCGGCAGUCGCAGCCGCGUCCUCGACUCUGGGCGUGCCCGACUAUCCCCCUCCGCCGCAACCGUCCGCUCUUGGCGGCGACGGCGGUGGCGGCGAUGACGAUGCCAGCACUGGAAUCUGGGUGGGCUUCGACGUGGACGCCGACGCGCAGUCCCAAGACCCAGUCGACAUUCCCGCGGCAUCCAGCGCCUCGUCGUUGUCGUCCCUCGGGAAGAAGAAGCGCAAAUCGUUGACCUCGGCCUCCUCCUCAUCCUCAGCGUCCUCCACCUCCACGUCAUUCGAUGGCGGAACAGGCGAUGAGGACAACUCGGAGGUGUUUGAGAAUCAGGAUGCCCAGGAGGACGCGUAUAAUUAUGUGUUUGCCAAUAAGUCGCGACUUCCGUGUGGCAUCAAGAACAUUCGGACGCAUCUGGAGAAUGUGGACAACGUGCCGCUCAAGGUGUCGCUUUUUACCGACUGCACACCGCAAACUGUUGGCGAGAUGAUCAGCAUUUUGCAGGAGUACGGAGAGACGGUGUGUGUUGUGGGCAGUUGCCUGUCGAUCGCGAACAUCGAGCUGUUCUUUCGUGGGGACACCUCGAUCGCCCUGUUCCCACUGCUGCCUCGAGUCUGCGGUCAUGAGGUGAACUCGUCCGAAUCGUCUUCGCGGUGUGCGCAGAUGUGCAACACGGAGCGCCGUCUUCCGCGUCCAUCGGACACCGCAGAUUCGUCACUUCUCGACUUGGCCGGAAGGUUAAUAGCGCUGGGUGCGCCGCUGGUUGGUCGCGUCGAUGGAAGGAACUUUGACCUUCUCGAUCUGAUCUCACAGGCUCACGCUUCGGUUAACAACAUUCACCUCUGCAUAAUCUUCGCUCUUGCAUCCUCUUUUGCCUCUGCCUUGUUUUACUUUCUUUCAUUGGCAUUUUUGCCCGCGUUUCCUGUUACCUUUUUCUCAUCGCCAAACCAAUCACCUGUGGACCCCGUUUGGCUUCCACCGAUCCUAUUGGCUGCUGUUCGACCAAUCCCAGGCAACGUGGUCGGCUGUAUCACUCUGGGCGGUCACACUCUGUGGCUCAUCGUUAUCGUCAUCCCAGUCCUGUCGGUUAGCAUUUUCGGAAGAAACGUGGAACGCCGCAAACAACUGCGAGAACCGCCUGUCAAGAGGAACGAAAUAUUCAGUCGCGACAGAAUGCGUCGUCUGUUCUCUGUCACCCUCGCGCGUUUUCUUCCCUCGGUGAUCGUGUGCUGGGCGCUGAGCAUCAUCCAGACGUUCGCCGUCUGCCCCACACACAUUGACCACCGCCUCGUGUGCUUGCCGCCAAGUCAAGCCCACAACGAUUCGUCCUCGACUCCAAUCGUCUGGGAUUACGAGAAGGUUUUUCUUGACGUCACGAUUUCGCAGGAGUUGCCUUUCUUUCUGCUAGUCACCUACAUCGUGUUGAUAUCAUUUAGUUACGCAAAUGCUGGUCAGUGGAUCAAUCAGUGGAGGCGGAAUACGAAUAUGCCGUGGCUAAUUUCUGCUGUGCUAAUCCUACUAUCGCACUCGGUUUACCUCAUUGCUUGCUUUGCAUCAAGCGGUAAAUUGUUUCCCAUCGAUCGGCAUUGGCACCUUUUCAUCACCCUGGCUUGUGGUCUCCUUUGGUGUCCGGUUCUCCUGCUUCUCAACGAAGCCAUCAAUUGGAAGGAUCGCGUGUAA